GGAUUGAGCGGUGGCUCUUGUUUCUCGUGCUAAGUGUAAAGCUGCCAAGCUGUGCGUGUCUUCCUAGCGGCGAGCACCGCAUAGUGUGAAGUUUUCUCUCAAUCACAUUCACUCGAUUUAGAUUAAGUGGGUGGGACUCUCACUUUCUCUCUUUACCCUCUUCAAAACCAGGAUUUUCUCGCCCAACUUCUUCAGAACCCGAAGCCCAGGUGAGAUUCAUGUUCAUUCACUGAAUUUUCUUUCUGUUUCAUUUUCAUUGUUCAAAAAAGGGAAUCAGACAUGUCUCGUAAGCAAUCAUCUCCAUCUCGCUGUGAUUAUGAUCCUCUACAUCGCAGACCAGUUGCACAGAGAAAGAGCAUCAUCCAAACAAGUUCAACCAAUCAGAAGAAGUUGGUAGGUAGGAUAAACAAUCUGGAAUCCCAACUCGGGCAAGCACAGGAAGAGCUGAAGAUUCUGAAAGACCAGUUAAACUCAACCGACACAGUGAAGAGGGCAAAGAGCAAGAGAUCUUCUAUAAAUCCUUACAAGGGCGUUCGAGAAUCCAGGACACGCGAUGAGAAGACUAUAACUGAAACAAACAAGGAGACAGAUGUGUUUGAAGUUCCUACAGAGAGUAAAGAUGAUAUCAAUGCUCUUAAAGCCAUGCUAGAAGUGAAGGAAAAAGAGCUGAAAAUCUCUGUUGAGGAGAAUGAAAGGCUGAAAAUUGAAGUGGAAGAGAGAAUGACAGGGAUGGCUUCUGCUGAAGCUAAGGAAGAGGAAAUGCGGUUAAGGCUGAGCCAGUUGGUGGAAGAGGUAGAAGGAAGCAAAGAUAAAAGAAGGGAGUUGAUUUUGAAAAUGGAAGCCAUGGAAGCAGCAAAAGAAGGGAUGGAAGAUGAGAUGAAGAAACUGAGAAUUCAAACAGAGCAAUGGAGGAAAGCUGCGGAUGCAGCUGCUGUAGUGAUGUCGGAGGGGAUGGAGAGAAGAGUAUCGGAGAGGUGGGGUUCGAAUUCGAUGGAUAAACAGUAUGGGAACAUAUUUGAGAAUCCGGUUGGUGUUGGUGGGUAUAGUAUUGUGGAUGAGUUGGAGAAUGAAUUGGUUGGCCAUGAAAAGAGGAGGGGAUCUGGCAUUAGAAUGAUUGGGGAUUUGUGGAAGAAGAAAGUUCAGAAAUAAAAGAAAGCAUUCAUUUGAAUGUAUUCUCAAUAUGAGUUUGGUGUUUUGUUAUUGAUCCAAGCCAAUGCUGCUGCUACUGCUGUUUUUGGGCUUGGAAAAUCACAUAAACACCGAUUUCAGUUUCAAUGUGUAAGGUGUUCUUAGUGAUCGAUCACCCUGAUCAUUUGGAUUUAAUUCAUCAUUAAGUAGUGCACUUUGUGGAUCAUUUCAUCUACUUUACAAGACUCUAUUCUCUUAGAGCAGAGCUUGAUUGAUGUUGUUGGAUAUUU